UACGAGGUUUUUGCUCUCGCCCGGCGUCCGCGUCCUCCGUACGCUUCGCCUCCCUUCUCUUACUCCGACGCCAGAAUCAUGAAGGUCGCCAGUGGCAGUGCCGCGGCCGCCGCGGGCCCCAGCUGCGCGCUGAAGGCCGGCAAGACGGCAGGCGGUGCGGGCGAGGUGGUGCGCUGUCUGUCCGAGCAGAGCGUGGCCAUCUCGCGCUGCGCGGGGGGCGCCGGGGCGCGCCUGCCCGCCCUGCUCGACGAACAGCAGGUGAACGUGCUGCUCUACGACAUGAAUGGCUGCUACUCGCGCCUCAAGGAGCUGGUGCCCACCCUGCCCCAGAACCGCAAAGUGAGCCGGGUGGAGAUCCUCCAGCACGUCAUCGACUACAUCUGGGACCUGGAGUUGGAGCUGAACUCGGAAUCUCAAGUCGGGACCCCUGGAGGCCGGGGGCUCCCUGCCCGGGCUCCGCUCAGCACCCUCAACGGCGAGAUCAGUGCCCUGGCGGCCGAGGUGAGAUCCGAACUGGAGCGCGGGAACAUUUUCUUUCUACAGAUGGGUAAACUGAGGCCCAAAGGGAGGCGGUGGGGGGGGUAUUUGGCUCUACGUCCGUCCCAUCCUUUCGGGCACCUGGCUAUGCAAGGAUGCCCAAGGAGAUCGGAAAAAGCGCUCUCUCACAGUGUCUCCUGGGGAAGGGCUUGCAGCCUUGUCCCCUCCGAGCCGCCUGUCUCACCUCUCUUUUUCACAGGCGGCAUGUGUCCCGGCGGACGAUCGCAUCUUGUGUCGCUGAAGCGCCUCUCUCAAGGACUGGCGGACCCCAGCCCUCCAGGGGGCGAGAAGAAUUCAUGCUCUGAUCCUGCCGAGCGCCUUGCCGGAGCUGGGGAGGAACAAGAUUGAGAUCAGCGACCGUGGGGCGCUUGCUGGAUCCAGCCCAGGGCCGGGGGACUGACGAGGGCAGGCCGACCCUCCCUCCACACCUACCAGAUACCAGAGACUUGGGGGACCCCCCGUGUGUUUCUAUUUUUUGAAAAGCAGACAUUUUAAAAAAUGGUCACGUUUGGUGCUUCUCAGAUUUCUGAGGAAAUUAAUUGCUUUGUAUUGUAUAUUACAAUGAUCACCGAGAAUAUUGUUUUACAAUAGUUCUGUGGGGUGGUUUUUUUUUGUUGUUGUUGUUGUUGUUAUUAAACAAAUACUUUAG